UGCGGUGAGUAGCCCUGCCCAACCCUCGGCCUGAACGGCGUUGCAGUUAGGUUAGGGUUCGGUGUUAGCGUAAAAGUGACAUUCUCUAUGCAAAACGAUAUAUUUUUGCGAAUAUUUGGGGUUUAUUUGUUGUCGAGAAACGUUUCGGUUAUCAGAUCUGGACAAAAAUGUCUGCAGGCAUCCCUGAAAUAAAAAUCACACUCUGGUCUUACUAACAACUGCGGUAGCGUUUGGUUCUGUGGUGUGAUCUGCUGUUUUCAGCUUCCUGUGCAGACGCUUUCUGGUUAGAAUACUGAAUGCUCCUAAAAUGACCAAUAAAAGCCCACACUAGAAUAAUCCCCUAGAAAUUUUCCACGUAUUUGGAUCUUUUCUGCUUUCAUGCAUACUUAAAUCAUGAGCUGUGGGAAGGAGUUUGUGGGAAUUCUUAAGAAAAUUGGGUAUCCAAAAGCCAGUGAGCUCAAUGGGGAAGAUUUCGACUGGCUGUUUGAGUCUUCAGAAGACAAAUCAUUUCUGGAGUGGUUUUGUGGGAGUGUCAAUGAGCAGCACGUCGUAUCUGAAGAAGAACUACAAGAUUUCAAUCAUCUUCUGGAGUCUGGAAGGCCCAUUUUAGAAGGAAACGCAUUGGAUGAAGUCCUUAAAACCUGUAAGCCAUCAGAUUCAGGGCACAGCAGCCAAGUGGAGGAGGAGGAACUGAAGAGAUUGGAGGAUGAGUUCCAAAGUCUUCAGAAAAUGAGAAAUCUCACAGUCCAUCGGUACAAUAAGCUUCAGCUGAUGAUUUCUGAGAACAGCAGCACGUUACAGACGCUAAAAGUCAAAGAGGAAGAAGCACAGAAAGACGUGAAAGAAGGUCUGGAACUGUUCAAUUCGGCAAUGAAUAAGUUUAAUGCUGAGCUGCUGUCUCUUGUGGAUAGAGCUAAGAAACUGGUCUCAAUCUUCACUGCUUCAGAACAAGGAUCAGAUUUACAGCCAGUGCUUUUUUCCCAGCUUUCCUUGGCCAAGUAUUUGGCUGAGGAAGAGCAGUGCACUGCAGCACUUGACUCGUAUGCAAAAAGACAUUUAUAUCAGGAUAGGGCAGAAUUGGCUGAAAACGUGCACAAAGACAACGCUGAGCGUGUGGACAUCAGCAAACGUGGGACUGCUGGAGCUUGUGGGAAGAGUCAGGAGAUUGCCAGCCUCCAGGCAGCCUACAUCUGUGCUCAGCGUCAGCUCAUUGAAUUGCAGGCUGAAGAGCAGAGCUUGAAUUCAGCCAUAGAGUGUGCGGUGAACAUGCUGCCAUCCCUGCAGAGCAAGGGUACCGGAAAGGAAGAAAACAUCGAGGCUGAAAUAUCUAGUUUAAAUGAUGAAGUCUCUACCAUUAAGCAGCAGAUCGCUCAAAUAAACAAUGAAGAUCUGCCUUCUCUUCUGAAAGAGCGUGCACAGCUGUUCACUGCCCCCGUGCUCAUGGCAGCCCUGGAUCAUGAGAUUGCUCAGCAGCACCGUUUUGCUGCUAAACGGGAUGAAAUCUGCAGCCAUCUGAUAAGACAGAAAGCGUCGUUUGAACUUAUUCAGCUGGCCUAUGACAUUGAAUUGAAGAAACACAAAGAUAUCCGCUGUCAGCUCGAGGAUUUGAUAGAAUCUCUGCAACAGAGCAGUAAUGAGAUGCAACAGAGACUAGAGGCCUUAUCUAAGGAAACUAAACCUGAAAAGCCAAGGAACGCUAUUAGUUCAAAGGAUGAAUUCGCUUGUAGGCUUUACCAGCUUUUAGAAGGAGAAAACAAAAAACAGCUGUUUAAAACAUACACAAACCUGGAACAGAUGGCUCAGAAGUUAAAUGAGGAUUGUGUGACAGCACAAGACCAGCUAGCAGCAUCUUCCCAGGAGCAGACUCUCUUGUUGUCCAAACUGGACAGUGAUGUAAAUGCUCUUCGUGAUUCUCUGUACUGUGGAAGAAAUCGGCCUCUACUCACUAGUCGGGAACUUACUGAGCAGUUUCAUCAACUGGAAGGUGAUUUAAGUAAACUAAAUCAACUCAUUGUAGAUCUUACUGCUGAUUUGAAGUCAAAGAGAAACUUCUUGGCAUCCGAUAAGCUGCGUCAGAUGGAAAGGAACUUGUAUGUGUAUUUCUUCAAAGAUCAGAACCACUUGAAAGAGAUGGUGGAGAAGCUUGAACAGCAGGCAGAGGCUACAGCCAGUGGUCUGGAAGAUGAAAAUUUCACCCCCAGUGAAUUCCUUAAUAUUGAAAAAAAAAGUUAAUGUAUAAACAAUCUACAAGUUUCUGGAAUGAUAAGUAUUAGCUUAUCAAGGUGAACAUUUAUCUAUCACUGCUGUGUAUGUUUAGCUGCCACAGUUACCAUGUUUGGAUUAGAUGCUGCUUCAUGGCUGUGGCGUUUGGUCAUUCGGUUCAAGUUCUUCAAUAUUAAUUAAACAUAAGUUGCUUUAAUGAACUGUAUAAAGACUUCUCUUUUACUACCCUGCGUGUUGAUUUCCACUGUGUACAGCAUAGUGCAAAGGAAUGCUUCAAACCCUUGAGAUUGGUUUUCUUUCAUGGUAAGAAACUUUCAGUACAUGAAGAGGGAUUCCAGAUUUCAGAACAUAAAUGGUAAUUUGCUUCCUUCUGUAGAGGAAAGUCCUCCAAGGAAGAAAUCAUAUGAUCCUGCUUUACAGUUCCUCUGAGAUUUGUUUUUAUUAUAUGGAAAUGUAUUGAAAUAUACAAGAAUCUGUUUGAAGUACUGAGACCAUCAUUGUCUUGACCACCACGUCAUCACUUAAUUUAUGUCUUCUCCAUAGAGAUUAGUCCCCACUGAUAGCAAACUUUUCAAAGAGAGACUUAAUUUACCUUUUGGACGUUUGGGGAUAUCUUUACGCAGUAUUUACUCUCUAGUUUGUGUUGCCAGGCAUUUAAGCGAUGUCUUCAUACUCCUGCAUAGACUGGUACUAAGACUGCUUAUCAAAUCUUUGUGUAGGCUUCCUAAUGGACUAAGGGCACCAAAUAUGCUUUUAGAGUAUAAAAGAACUCCAGACUGUUGUUUUCUGAUUAGUUCAGCUCUACUUACUUUCAAGUGUUGCACAUAUUGAUGAAGACUAAUAAAUCAGCUUCAACUUCAGUAGUAGUAUUUUAAAAAUAUUUUGACUUUGCUUUUAAUUUCUACAUUUAUGUAACUUACUCUUAAAUGUAUAAUUUUUAGCUUAUUGGUUUGGUGUUUUUAUAUUUACUUCUCAUGCUGUUUAGAUCCGUAUGUUGUUUGUUAUUAAAUGCCAAAUGCUAAAUUCAGUUAGUGCUGUCAGUUUUUAUGGCAUGUCUGUAUUUUAAUAUAUGCUCAUGAAUGGUGUCUUGUUUAGUUUUAAUCUUGUAGAUUCUCAUUUUGAUAGUCUCCAGAGUUUGAAUCUGAAGGCUACUGCUUGUUUAUGGGAGAUGUUUUUACCUUCUGUACAAAGACAACAAUACAAAUAAUAAAAAACACUUAAUUUUAGGAGUUAGGAGAAGAUUAUGUUCCUGACCUGUGGAAUGUCUGGGAAAGGAGAAUCUUACUGCUAUCUGCAUAGUAUCAAACUGCAGAGCAGCUCUCACUGCAUAGUGCAUUAUUUUGUUUGACAUAACAUCCUGUGACUUCAGAAAUGCCUCACUGUUUUACUUUGCUUAAGGUUCUUGAGUGCUCUGCUGGAGGUUGGUCAUGUGAUGCUUUUUUUUUUUCUCACUAACGAGUUUAGAGAUGCUCUUUGUCUUCUACAACAUCUACAGUUCAGGCUAUUAUGAAAGCUUUAGAUUAUUGCAUACACAGAUUGAAACAGGAUUACCUCUUUUGAGCUAGACGGCUAAUAGCCAAAACUUAAUGUGGCUUGAUGGCUAUUGAUAGGUUUUUUUUUGUAUUUGUAAGUAAUUUCUUGGACAAGUAAGACUGUAGGCAAUCUGCUUGUGUUCUUGAACUAAGAAAAAUAUUUCUGUGUAAAGAUAAGGGCAUCUUGUUGAUAGUUAGACUUGACUUGGAAGGCUAUUUAUGCACAGGACUUAGUAAAAGAAGAUCAGAAUAACAUAUUUGUAUAGCAGUGAUAUUACUUAACAGCAGUUCUUGGUGGUGAAUGAACUUCCUCUAAUCCUUUGAAAAUGCUGCUUAUGUACCUUGUGUUUGUGGUAAGUUCUGAGCUUUGUACUGAUCUAACUAGAUAAAGUCAAGUAGUCUCUCA